CAGACUUGAGACCAGUGUCAGACCACUAUCUGGACUUGAACAUGGCAGAGGGAGGCUACGAGUGUAAAUACUGCAGCUUCCAGACGUCGGAGCUCAACCUGUUCACCAUGCAUGUGGACACGGAGCAUCCAGAUGUCGUCAUCAACACCUCGUACGUCUGCAUGGAGUGUGACUACCACACCAAGAGUUACGACACACUGCUGGCCCACAACGCUCGCCUCCACCCUGGCGAGGAGAACUUCACUCGAUCGAUGGUGAAGCGAAACAACGAGACCAUCUUCCAGCAGACAAUCAACGACAUUACCUUCAGCUUCGUCAAAGUGGAGGACAACGAGACGGAAGAGACGUCUCGCAAUAGCAUCGCCCUCAGCAAGACUCCCAUCAUGAGGAUCAAGAGCAGACCAGAACCUAAGAAGUUCAUCCUCUCGCACAAAAUGGCCGUCGACGAUGUCAUCAAAGUGGAAAGCGACGAGGACGACGAGAAUAAGGAGCCGCCUACGCUGUCUCCCGCACCGAUGACCCCUGUCGCCGUCGCCCCUCAUCUCAUCCCCGUCUCCACGGCGGUGCAGGUCCAUGCCAUCCCGCACAACAUGCUGCCUCCUGGGACGCUGGCUCAGGUUCUGUCGGCCCUGCAGAACCAGCAGAACUGCACUCAGACGCAGCUCCUCAUCCCCAUCAGCAGCAUCCCCACCUACAACAGUCAAAAGGUCAUAAAGUAGUUUCCGUAUCCCUCGGUGUCGGAGAUCAUGGGCUUAUCUUCGCAGACGAAGUUCAGCGAGGAGCAGAUAAUAUUGUUGGAUAAUAUUGGCCUGGUAUGGAAAAGCCAUCCACAAUCCACAGCCAUCAAUUAAAUUAUUAUUAUUUAUUGU